AUGACUUCCCAUAAGACAGCAACUGGUGAGACCCCUUUCGUGCUAGCUUUUGAAAUGGAGGCUAUGAUACCAAUUGAGGUCGGCCUUCCAACACAGAGGAAGAUCGAGCCCCACAUUGAGGGACAAACGACUAAUCACCUUGAUUUACUUGAAGAACUACGAGAACAAGCCUCGUUGAGGGCCGCAAGUUAUCAAAAUAAAAUAGCAAGGCACUUCAGCACCAAGGUCAAGAUAAGGAGAUUUAGAGUUGGUGAGUUAGUCUUUAGAAGAGCAGCAGCUGCUGGGCAUCCUCCAGGGAAACUAGGACCGGUAUGGGAAGGGGCUUUCGGAGUUAUACGAAAAAUGAGAAGCGGAGCAUACAGUUUGAAGGAUACCUUGGGAAGACCACUCCCAAUGCCUUGGAACGCUAAUGACUUGAAAAUUUAUUACAAGUAG